AGGACUUCGUCAUUCCCCGACAAAACUAAUAAUCUCCGCCGACCUGCUGAGACCUUUCACGACCUCCUCCAGAAAUCAAUAUCGCCUACAGCGAGGCCGUCACAGCGCGCUAAACGGAAUCUUAAAGGAACACUUUACAUUGCUACUGUGCUGCUGGUGCCUAGGCGGUGCUGUUGCGAGUGGUGUGGUACCCGUGCGUAUGGCACGCUGCGCGCCGUGCUGCUACUACUGCUGCUGUUGUUGUUGUUAGAGCCCCCAGUGCAUGGGUAGCGAGUGUCGUUGCGAGAUUGCGUUCACCUGCGGAACGCGUAUUAAAGUUUGAUCAGAACACGCAGCGAGAGAGAGAAGCUACAUCGAGAUUAGCCCAGAGUGAGUCCACUCGGCGUGCUGUAGACUACACGGAGAGAACGCGUUCUGUAAACACUACGAUCAUCUGGACUUGUCAUUUUUUUUCCUUCCCCUCUGGCGGGCACUUUUGCUUUUUUCCAACAAGGCAACGAAAGCGAGGCGAACGCCUAAACAGAAGCAACCUCUUCCAAGCUGCCGCCAACAGCUGCUGCCGAGUACGCGAACAAAAGCGAGACGCGCUGCCCAAGAUAAACGUCGCGCGUUGCGCCAACACGACUUUGCCGACAACUCGGUGCGUGCGUUGCGUGCGCAUCGUCGGCGUGGGCUCUUUAAAGAGUGUGACAACGAUCAAGUCGUAUAGCGAGGCGGUCAUCCGCGCAUAGAAGAACAUGGCCUUCUCACAGCAACAGCAGCAAGGAUAUCAGCUCCGAUUUGUACAGCAGCCCGGCUCUCCUCCCUCGCUUUACGCGGGACUGGCCGGCAUCGCCGACAGACUGCCGCUGCCUCUGCCUCAUCCUCCUCCUCCCGCCGCCGUGGGGUCGGCCACGUCUCCUCCUUCGCCCGUCCGGCCGUCGUCUCAGCCGCAGAACCCCGCGCAGCCAUCCCACCAUCAUCACCACCACCAUCACCAGCAUCAGCACCACCCGAUCCCGCCGACUUCGGCGCCCGCGCCUCCUCCUCCUCCUCCGCCGACCUCUCUGCUCAGCCUGUACGCGGCGGGCUCGUACGGCGCGCAUGGCUACUACAUGUCCUACCCGGCAGCCGGGCCCAUCGGAGGCGCCGACCUGGGGCUGUUCCCGCAUCUGGGCUCGCCGUACGAGCUCAAGGAGCCACACGGCGCCAUGCUGGCCUGCGUGCCUCCCGGCGUGAGCCUCUACGGGGGCUACGCGGCCGCCUCCCCCUACGCCCCCUACGGCAUCGGAGACCCGUCGCGGCCCAAGAGCGCGACGCGCGAGAGCACGAGCACCCUCAAGGCCUGGCUCAACGAGCACCGCAAGAACCCCUACCCCAGCAAGGGGGAGAAAAUCAUGCUGGCCAUCAUCACGCGCAUGACGCUCACCCAGGUCUCCACGUGGUUCGCGAACGCGCGCCGCCGCCUCAAGAAGGAGAGCCGGGGCCCGGAGAGCGGCGACCACGAGGAUGGGGAGCCCUGGGGCCGCGACGACGACGGCGGCGCCCCCCCGGCCCCCGGCGACGGCGACCGGGACGGCCGGCCCGAGAGCCGGUCGGGUGACGCCGCGGCAGUGGCGGCGGGGGCGGCCGCGCGCCAGCGGGGAGACGGUGGCUCCCCGUGGGCCGGGACCCCGGAGAGGGGCAGGGGGCGGGGCGACGACGAGGACGACGACGAGGACGACGACGACGACGACGAGGUGGACUUUGAGCUGGACGCGAGCGAGGCGGAGGAGGCGGGGUGCGAUGGCGGCGACCGAGCGCGGUCGUCCGGCGAGCGGCACCCGGGCGGGCCGGAGGACGCCGCCGUGGCCGCGACGGCCGCGGGGUCGCCCCCACCGCCGCGGAGGAGGGGCCCGCCCGGGGAGGCCGAGCGCGGCGCGCCGUCCGCGUCGGCGUCCCCGCCGGCCCCCCCGUCGCCCGUGACACGCGAGGGCGGCCGCGCCGAGGCCGCCGCCGUCGCGGCGGCGGAGGUCGAGGCCGAGGCGGAGGACGAGAGGCGCCGGCGGCAGCGCACGCCGCACCCGCCCUGCAAGGCCAAGAUCUGGUCGCUGGCCGAAACGGCCACGGCGCCGGAUUCCCCGAGGCCGCUGCGUUGUGGCGGCGGCGGUGGCGGCUCCGGGGCUGCGGCGGCGGCGGCGGCGCAGCUUCACCACGGCUCCCUCCACCACCAUCACCACCAUCACCACCACCCGGCCUUCCUGGCCGCACGACCACUGCAGCUCACCUGUCCCGUGGGGCCGGCACGGCUCGCACCGUGGGGCGCCAGCAUCAGGAUUCAGCAGCAGCAGCAGCAACAGCAACAGCAGCGAGCAGCGUUUGAGACGUGCUGCCUUCCUGCCGAUCCCUCUCGGCCGCUCGCUAGACCUGCGAUGUGGAAGAGCAACGGAACGAGACGGUGAAUUAGAAGCCAGCAAUGACUCAAAACCUCUCCAUGCCAUCUUCAGAAAAUUUCAUCCGCACCUCGACGUCACGACCAUUGAAAACCUGUGCAGAAGAAACGACAUCGUCCCCAUGUAACGCGGUCACGGCCGGAGGAUAUAUAUAUAAAGCAUCGACCAAGCGACACUGAUGACAUUGUUAUUAUUAUUCUUCUUCUUCUUCAAGUGUGAAUAUUUUCUAAAGCAUUUGUAAGUUUCGCGUUUCAGGAUGUUUGCUGUUGUGACUUUGCUUAGCAUAAAUCGUAGACGCCUGUUUGUUAAAAUGUAAAAAAGAAAAAAAUACAAUAAAAAUUGUGAUUAUUCAGCAAAAAACACGAUGACGGGAGUUGACGUGCAAGUGAUUUUGAAGCCUGUGAGAACGUUGUUUGUAUAUGGAGCGCCGUCUGUGCUGUGUUUAUAGCAGGGUGAAAGGCAGUCCCGUGCCAAAAUGUAUAUCUAUUUUUUUUAUUAUAAUAAAGUUGUC